UCUCAUUGCUUGAAAUUGAACUUCACCAUGGCAGGAAUCAAGCGAAAACCUGACCAUGAAAUUCCUAUCGUGGACGAAAACGACUUGCUCAAACUGACGUGUCUUGGAGCUGGCAAUGAGGUCGGCCGAUCGUCGCUACUGCUUGAAUACAAAGGAAAAUCAAUUCUGCUUGAUGCUGGAAUUCACCCAGCUUACACGGGGUUGGCUUCAUUACCAUUCUUUGACGAAAUCGAUCCGGGUAGUGUUGAUGUUCUCCUCGUCAGCCAUUUUCAUUUGGACCAUGCUGGCUCCGUGCCAUACUUUAUGGAGAGGACAUCGUUUAAGGGAAGAGUAUUUAUGACGCAUCCAACCAAAGCCAUUUACAAGUGGAUGUUAAGUGAUUACAUUCGCGUCAGCAACAUCGGCGCAGAAGACCAAAUUUACAACGAAGAUGACCUCACCAACUCGUUCCAUCGAAUUGAAGCAGUUGAUUACCACCAACAGGUCGAAGUCGAAGGCAUUAAGUUCACUUCUUACAAUGCUGGCCACGUCCUUGGCGCAGCUAUGUUCUUGAUUGAAAUUGCUGGUGUCAAAGUACUCUAUACAGGCGAUUACUCACGAGAAGAAGAUCGGCAUUUGAUGGCGGCAGAAAAGCCGGAAGGUGUCCAAAUCGACGUUCUGGUCACUGAGAGUACAUAUGGUGUUCAAAGUCACGAACCGCGCCUUGCAAAGGAACUUCGAUUCACCUCACUUAUAAGAGAUAUUGUCACUAGGGGUGGAAGGUGUCUGAUGCCUGUCUUUGCACUAGGCCGUGCACAAGAGCUGCUUUUGAUUUUAGACGAAUAUUGGGAAGCACAUCCUGAACUUGACAGUAUACCCAUCUAUUAUGCUUCCAGUCUGGCCAAAAAGUGCAUGGCUGUCUACCAGACCUAUAUCAACAUGAUGAACGCCAGAAUACGAAAACAAUUUGCAAUUUCCAACCCAUUUAUUUUCAAACACAUUAGCAACCUCAAAAACGUUGAGCAAUUCGAAGAUUCUGGACCAUGUGUCAUGAUGGCCAGUCCAGGAAUGCUACAGAAUGGAUUAUCUCGAGAGCUUUUUGAGCGGUGGGCACCAGACAAGCGAAACGGUUUGGUUAUAGCAGGAUACUGCGUUGAGGGAACGCCAGCACGACUGGCCAUGAAUAAUCCACCUGAAAUUCAAGCUAUGGAUGGGCGAAUGAUACCGCUUAGAAUGUCGGUUGACUAUAUAUCAUUUUCUGCACAUGUUGACUUCACCCAAAACAGUCAGUUCAUCGCUGAAGUCAAUGCGCCACAUGUUGUUCUCGUGCAUGGAGAAGCCAAUGCUAUGUUGCGUCUGAAGGUGGCAUUGCAGCAGAAGUUUGCCGACUCCGAAGAAAAUACAAAAGUAUACACACCACGAAAUUGCGAAACGCUCAGCCUCCACUUUAGAGGAGAAAAGAUGGCCAAGACCAUUGGUAGUCUGGCAGCAAAGUAUCCGACCGAAAAUCAGGCAAUUAGUGGUAUUUUGGUGGCCAAAGACUUUCAACUCAACGUCAUGUCGCCGGACGACUUGAAUGAAUAUGGAGGAGGUCUUUUGACGACCGUACUGACUCAGCGACAAAGUGUACCUUUCCGAGCUACGUUCAGCCUUUUGCAGUGGCAUUUGGAAAUGAUGUUUGGGGAUAUUCACGAGUCUGAAUUGACCAAGGGUGGUGACUCAACCGAACAAAUUGGAACUGUGAUUCGCAUAUUAGACACCGUUGAUAUCAAGAAACUGAACGACAAACCAAAUCAGAUCACGCUGGAAUGGGUUGGAAAUGCUAUGAACGAUAUGGUUGCUGACUCCGUUCUUGCCGUUAUCCUUGGCAUUGACAGUUCACCGGCUAGUGUUAAAGUUACCCAUAGCCCGCACAGCCAUUCUCACGGUCAUGCCAAGAUUACCGAGUUAGAAGGGGAAGACGAAGACAUGGGCCAGACACAUGAUGAACUGGAUGAUCACCAUGAGCAAGAAUUCGCAAGUGUGACAACGUUCCUGAAGAAGCAUUUCGGGGACAUUGAUGUGGAUGAAAAAGAAAAGAAAGUGAUGAUCAAGAUGGACGGUAUGGAGGCGUCAGUGGAUUGCUUGAGCUACAGCGUCAAAAGUGAUCAUGAGCUUUUGCAGAAUCGAGUGUCCAAUGUAUUGCAAAAAGUACGCAGAACCAUUAAUCCAAUUAGCACUGUUUGCGGUGUAGCAGGAUAGAGUUCAUAUAGGAUGGUCAACUAGAAACAAAGAACAUAAUGAAAACGUGUUUAGUCAAUUAUAAUACAAACAAUUCUACAAAAACAUUGAAG